AGAAGAAGAAGAAGAAAUGCGGAUAUGACGUAGUAUUGUUUACACCCGGAUGCGCAGCCACUGAAAAUGCAAGAACUCUGAUAUAUUUCGGUGUAUUUUCGCAUUUAUUUAACUGAAUUUGCUCACAACUUUAUCUGAUGGGUUCUCACGGACUUUUGGGAAACGAGCCCGAGUCAAUCGAUUACUCGGUUCAUGAAGCCUGGAACGAGGCCACCAACGUCUACCUGCUGGUCAUCCUGGUCAGCUUGUGCCUGCUCAUGUACGCCAGGAAAAACAAGAGGAAGAUCAUGCGCAUCUUCUCUCUGCCUCCCACCGUCGGUACCAGCCCGGAGCCCAACUUCUACGACAGCCUGCAGAAGGUCCGACUGCGGCAGCAGCUGGAGAUGUACUCUCUGGCCAGGAAGUUUGACCAGCAGCAGCAGCAGACUGACAGUGUGCAGCUCGUCAUGGAAUGAGUUCACCGUUUUGUCCAAACAUCCGCUCAUUUAAGCACUUCCUGUGCAGAUGCAAGGACUCGGAAGGCUGUUAUAAUGUGUUAAAGACACCGCUCCCAUCCUCCCUGGGAAUUUUUGUUUUUGGAAGGACAUUUGCUUUUUGUUGUGAUCCACCAAACAGGAAGGAGGAACAAAGCAGAGGUUUCACUAGAGACACUAAGGUGGUGAUUGAAGCAGAGCUGAUGCAGAAGAGGAGACGUUCGGAAUGAAGAAUUUCCAGAGUAUUGACCAGUACUCUUUAGUUUUAACAUGAGAAACAGUUCCUUGUGAUUUUUUUUAUGUUUGUGUUUAUAAAUGAUUAUUCCUAAAAAUAAAAGCACAUAAAUCAGAA